UCAUUCAUACAUAUAAAAACUUUCAAAUUGGACCUCUGACUCUUUGAGAAAUAUAAGCCAGGUCCUGAUGAAGGUUCUCUGCUGCUGUCUCUCCCCCUCUCUCUCUGUCUCUCUCUCUCGAUCUCGAUCACAAUAGGAUUACCAGAAGAAGAGAAUCUUUAUUUAGCUUAUUCAUCGAUUUAUCACAGAAAAACAGCCUUCAAAUUCUUCAUAAAUUGCUAAAAAUCUUUCUGAAAAUGGAUUUCAGCCAGCCUCCUGGAGAGAAUUAUGCUAAUCCAAGGGCAUGCUUCUUUCAUGUUCUCUUCAAGGCUUCAGCUUUGGCAUUUUAUAUACUUUCUGCAUUGUUCAUUGAUAAUUUUGUCAUCAUUUUUGUGGUGACUGUUCUUCUUGCUGCUCUUGAUUUUUGGGUGGUCAAGAAUGUAAGUGGUCGUAUUUUAGUUGGUCUUAGGUGGUGGAAUGAAAUAAAUGAUCUGGGUGAGAGCGUCUGGAAAUUUGAAUCGCUUGAUCAAGAGUCAUUGGCACGGCUCAACAAGAAGGAUUCGUGGUUAUUCUGGUGGACUCUUUACCUAACGGCUGUUGCAUGGAUUGUGCUUGGAAUUUUCUCCCUCAUAAGGUUUCAAGCAGACUAUUGCCUCAUUAUUGGAGUUUGUUUGACUCUCAGUAUAGCAAACAUCAUCGGCUUCACUAAAUGCCGCAAAGAUGCAAAGAAGCAGAUUCAGCAGUUUGCAUCCCAGACAAUUGCUUCACGAGUCUCCUCUACUAUUCAAUCGGCUUUCAGUGUCGUGUGAAUUCAAUAUGGAAAAUGGGCAAUAGGAUGGAAAAAUUGCAGGUUUUUGUAAGAGAGUUGCCGACUGAUGGGGCACUGUACUAAUUGCCUUAUUUUUUAAACUGAUAUCUGAUACAUAGUGGAUGUUUUUGUUUACGAAGAAUAGUUACAGGAAUGUGUCGAUUAUUUUGAAAUGAACUAUAGUGCCCUACUUUCAUUAGGGAAAUUCUUAGAAUGACUUGGUAUAUCAUGAACAGAAAAUUUUUUGCAUGGUAAAAUUGUUAUUAUUAUCAUUAUUAUUA